UCCUGCCUCAAAUUACCACACCAUAGCGACCGGGUUUCAGGUGGCAUUGCGGAAGGAAGUCCGCCUUUUUGCUCUGGGUCCAGGCAUUAAACUGACGUAACCUGGUUUUACAGUAGAACAGGUCGUCGGUGUCUGCAGAAGAAACGAAUGACGUUAAUCGACACACUAAAACCGGGUCGAACCAACGGGAGUUUUUACACAGCGUGGAGACGAGACCGUGUUUCCGUUCAUAUCUGAGAUUCGGAAGCCACCGUUGAGAACCGGUUUCUAAAUAUACAUGGAGGCGUGAAGGUGCCACCUGUUUGUCCUGCAAACUCAGAGAAGCACAUUUGGAUUGAUAAAUUAACACGGAAACUGGAUUUAAAUGUGCCAUGAGCAGAGAGCUGAACGUCCCGAUGGGUUCUCCUGUCCCCGGGGUUUCUGAGAGGCCUCCUGACAAUGGGGGAAUGGACUACAGGGACUGGGUACGCCGCAGUUACCUGGAGCUGGUCAGCUCCAACCACCAUUCGGUCCAGGCCCUGUCCUGGAGAAAACUCUACCUGAGUCGUGCCAAAUUGAAGGCCUCCAGCAGGACCUCUGCUCUGCUCUCUGGCUUUGCAAUGGUGGCCAUGGUCGAGGUGGACCUGGAUGUGAAGUACUCUUAUCCUCGAGAACUCCUCAUCGCCUUCAGUGUGUGCACCACGGUGCUGGUGGCGGUGCACCUCUUCGCUCUGCUGAUCAGCACAUGCAUCCUGCCCAACGUUGAAGCCGUGAGCAACAUCCACAACCUGAACUCUGUCAGCGAGUCGCCACACGAACGCAUGCACCACUACAUCGAGCUGGCGUGGGGUUUCUCCACAGCUCUGGGGAUUCUGCUGUUUUUAGCAGAGGUGGUGCUCCUCUGCUGGGUCAAGUUCCUGCCCGUAGACACCGGCGAGGCCAAGAAGGCGGGCGCCAGCACCAUCGUGACCCCCAGCACCAUGACGAAGCCCACAAGUCCGUCGGCCUUAAGCAGCGGCUGGCAGGCCGCACUGGCCUCCACCAUCAUCAUGGUCCCGGUGGGGGUCAUUUUUCUGCUCUUCACCAUUCACUUCUAUCGCUCUCUGGUGCGCCACAAGACAGAGCGCCACCACCAGGAGAUUGAGGAACUGCACAAGAUAAAGGUGCAGCUGGACGGCCACGAGAGAGGCCUUCAAAAUGUGUGAGAACGUGACGGCAGCUUUAAAGACUCCUGCAUAUGUUACAUAUUUAUAUUACUGUGUCUUCUCUGCCAUUGGCUGCAGUCAUCGUUUACGAGCAGCGAGCUUUUCAGCUAAACACCUCGGACUGCCAAAUUAUUCUUAUAGGAACAUUCAUGGCUGAUCUGUUGGCUUCAUUUAUUGAGGUCAAAGCUGAAGGUUUACAAGCAAAAAAGGGCUAUGCUGUACAGUGUACCUUAUGUGCUAUGUCUCUAAUUUAUAGGGGGGUUGGUGGUUAAAAGUUUCAUUUUGAAAUGAGCAACUGCCUGUUUUCACUCUGAGAGGAAUUAGUUUCAGAGGAUCUCUUCUUUUCGGUUAAUUCUUGCUCAGCCAAAGAUUUAUGAUUGCUCUCAUUCUCAUGUAGCUUGGACUGUAUGAUGGUAUCAGUCAUGAGUCAAUGUUGGAUUAACCCAUAAUCUGUAUAUUGACCAUGAUCUGCAGAGCAAGCACAUCACAUGCUUUCAUUCAUAAGGUGGAACGUGUCAUCCAUCCUGAAUAGAAGAUAUGUU